CUUUUGGCCCCCUUUUCAGGGGUGGAGUUCAGAGGGCAGGUCAGGAGCCAGGAUAACAGCUCGAAACACCAAAAAACAAAAAAGAAAACUAUUGCACCCUUGUGCCUAGUUUCAGUCUUCUGUUUUCUACACACUAAACCCAUAUCUUAGGUUUUCAGGCCGGUCUAAGCUUGAUUCCAGCUGGGCACUGAGCAGAGUAGCACAGAGGGGCCCUCCCACCCCGAACUUCACCUUUUCCUUCCUGGACAACAGCCAAGUCCCAGUGCCAGCUCCAUAUCCCUCCCACUUUGGACCUACAAGACCUUCAGCUCAGAGAGCAGUUCUGCCCUCACCACAACACCCGUUCUGCGUUCUAAGCCGCAGCACGCAGACGUCAGGAGGCCACGAUCCAGAGAAGUCAGGGAAGGAAGCUACACUCUGGACCCUGACGUGGCAGCAUGGAGCUGGUCCAGGACACCUCGCGCCCGCCACUGGAGCACAUGAAGGGGAUCCCUCUCAUCAAGUACUUUGCAGAGGGGCUGGGGCCGCUGCAGAGCUUCCAGGCCUGGCCCAGUGACCUGCUCAUCAGCACCUACCCCAAAUCCGGCACCACCUGGGUAAGCGAGAUCCUGGACCUGAUCUACCAAGGUGGCGACCUGGAGAAGUGUCAAAGAGCCCCCAUCUUCGUCCGGGUGCCCUUCCUUGAGCUCAGGGUCCCUGGCCUUCCCACAGGUGCUGAGCUUCUGGAAGAUACACCAGCCCCACGGCUGAUCAAGACACACUUGCCCCUGGCUCUGCUUCCACCGACGCUGCUGGAUCAGAAGGUCAAGGUGGUCUACGUUGCCCGCAAUGCAAAGGAUGUGGCCGUCUCCUAUUACCACUUCUACCGCAUGGCCAAGGUGCACCCUGACCCUGGCACCUGGGACAGCUUCCUGGAGAAGUUCAUGGCUGGGGAAGUGUCCUACGGGUCCUGGUACCAGCACGUGCAGGAGUGGUGGGAGCUGAGUCACACCCACCCUGUUCUCUACCUCUUCUAUGAGGACAUAAAGCAGAACCCCAAAAGGGAGAUUCAGAAGAUCCUGGAGUUCGUGGGGCGCUCUCUGCCAGAGGAGACCAUGGAUCGCAUCGUCCAGCACACAUCUUUCAAGGAGAUGAAGAAGAACCCCAUGACCAACUACAGCACCAUACCCACCAAAGUCAUGGACCACAGCAUCUCUGCCUUCAUGAGGAAAGGCAUCACUGGGGACUGGAAAUCCACCUUCACUGUGGCCCAGAAUGAGCGCUUUGAAGCCGACUAUGCUGCGAAGAUGGCAGGCUGCCACCUCCACUUCCGCUGGGAGCUGAGUGGUGCUCAUCAGGGUGAGCGUGAGACAGGCCUCGACAAUAAAAUCUGAUGUGUGUGAACACAGCCUCUGCUGGAAGCAAAGGACAAACCCGAGCCAAAAGGGUACAUGCCCACUGGGACCAAGUGAGGCCAUCUUCCCUGGUGGCCUCCAGCUCGCCCUAGUUGGGCGGGAAGGAAGGGUCUGGAAAAGUAAAACCCAGGAGACAUGGACAA